AUGGAAAACGAAAGGGAUCAAUCUCAAUUCUCAGGACUUCCACCUUUCCCAGACGAUGUGCCAACCGCUCCACUGCUUCGCCUUUCGUUGAAAGAUCUACUUGCAGGGAACGAAACAGAGAUCGAAAAACUAAGCAAAGCAUGCGAGGACAUUGGUUUCUUCUACCUUGAUAUGCGAGACGCAGGCACAGUCACGCAGAUUCUGGAAGAUGCCGAUAAAUUGUUCGAAAUAGGAGCCGGCCUAUUUGAGCUCCCGCUAGAAGAGAAGAAAAAAUAUGACCUCAGUAGCCAAAAGUCUUACUUCGGGUACAAGGCACAGGGAGCUGCGGUUGUUGAUCGGCAGGGUAACCUGGACAGGAAUGAGUUCUACAAUGUUUCGAAAGACGACAUCAUGGGCAUAUCUGGACCACUCCCAGCCCCAGACAUUAUAAAUAAAAAUCGCCACAUUCUCGAAUCAUUCAUCAAGUACUCGCACUCUAUCGUCACACUCAUCCUCAGUAUCCUCAACACAAGCUUGGGUCUUCCCGAGUCGACUUUGACCAACAUCCACCGUCUUCACGCUGUAAGCGGCGAUCAAGUACGCUUCGUUAAAGCACCUCCACAGCCUGCUGAUGACCGCCGUACUGCUCUAGGCGAGCAUACUGACUUCGGGAGCGUGACUAUUCUAUUCAACCGCUUGGGAGGGCUUCAAGUGCUUCCUCCGGGUGCGGACGCAGAGUGGCAGUACGUAAAGCCUCUCCCGGGGCACGUAAUUGUCAACCUAGGAGACGCCAUGGUGAAGUUCACAAACGGGCUGCUUCGGUCGAACAUUCACCGUGUUGUCUCUCCCCCGGGUGAUCAAGCAGACACCACUCGGUUUAGCCUGGUCUACUUCUCCCGGCCGGAAGACGAUGUCCCGCUGCGGCGAUUGGAAGGGUCCUCUCGCAUUCCGAAUCUUGAUGAAGGUGUGGUGGAAGAGAAUAUCAACAGCAAGGACUGGAUCAUUCGUCGAGCCCUAGGUAGGAGAGUGGAUGUGCCUGAUAUUGAGUAUGACAAGUCAGCAGGGACGGAGAUGCUGAGUAGGAGAUUAAAGGUGUAA